AUCAUCAUCAUAGAAAAAGAAACUAUGUGGUGAAACCGAGCUCCAAACUCCAACAACAACAAAAAUGGCGCUUCAAACACAAUUCUCAACUUACUUCACCACCAAAACACAUCACUCGUUCUCUCCAAUCCUCAUAAUCAGAUCUGAAAAGCCAUCUGAACCGUCCGAUUCAGUUCCCAAAAACUCCGGGGUGGGUUUUGGCUCGUCUAAAGUGAACACUAAAAGGAAGCAGAAGGGAAAAAGAGAAAGAGCUUCGAUAAUUCGUCGUAAUCCAGUUGAAAAACCAGCGUUGGUGAAGGAACAAGAACCGGUUCAACAGGAAGAGGAACAGGGGGCUUAUGAGAAUGCUUUUAUUCUUGCAUGGCUUGGGUUUGGUUCUGUUAUUCUUGUUGAGGGUCUUGCUCUUGCAGCUUCAGGCAUCUUUCCUGAAGAGUGGGACAAGAUCUUUGUCAAGUAUCUUUAUCCAUCCUUCACUCCUACAGUUUUCUUGUUUGUUGCUGGAGCAAUAGCAUUUGGAGUGGUUAAAUAUAAGCAGAAUGAGAAACUCACGGAGCGGAAAUAGCGCGUUUAGUGUAGUAGUAGUGUUAGAAACUUUUGAUGUCGGCAUAAGUACUAUGCGUGACGAUGAUUGUAAUCCUAUUAUGGCUUCAAUUUAUUAGAGUCGAAGAUGACAAAGGUAACAGAAAUGAUGUGUGAACUCUGGAAGACUCUCACUGUGAACAAUUUCUGUUGGGUCCUAAGCAACUUCUCCGAAUGCAUCAUAUGGCCAAGUAGUUGAGGUUUUUGAAAGGGAUUCAUUUUUUUUAUAAUUAAUUUGAUCACUUCGUUUUUAGGUAUGGAACUUCUUUUUAUUAUAUUAUGUACUGAACUCUUAUUUAAUCCUUUGCUCUUAAAAUAUCUUGCAAUGAUUACUGUGUAAACUACAUGUUUGUGUGAUGAUUUCAUGGUUUCAAAUAAUAUUCAUCUGAGAGAUAGAGAGCACAGGACUCUAAAGAUAACUUUGUAGUUGAUAAUGUGUGAAUUAUAGAAUGAAUGA